UUUCCCGCAUUAAAGUCAAAUGCCAGAUAGAUCCACCGCGUCAUAAACAGAAGGAAAGAAUUCCUACAUCGAAUAUAAAAUUAAAAAUUAAAUAAAUAAAAUCAGGUUCCCACUUGAACUUGUCAGUGUCAAAACCAGUAGUAGAUCUGGAUCCUGCCCUGAACUUUACCCAUCUCAGGUAAUGCUGCUGUUUCUUUGGAUUUUUGCUCUGAGCCUUUGCUUUUGACGAGUUUGAGUGGUUUUGAAGACUCUGGACUGUUAGAUAGCCAUGUCAAGAAGGCCUGUAAAUCCUGCUCGACGCCUUACUGAUGCUGGUAGCAUUCCUUUUAUUGGUUCAGCACAUUCCAAAUCACGCUCAUCACCCUUGCUGCCUAUUAUACUUAUAGCAGUGGGUGCAGUUCUUCUCAUUGGCUAUUUGUAUAGUGGGUCAGGUAGAGGAAUCAGUGAAAAGGAGGCAUUGAGUAAGAUUGAAGAUGAUGUCUCAUGCACGUUAGAAGUCCAGAGAGCAAUACCCGUUCUCAAGAAGGCUUAUGGUGACAGCAUGCAUAAAGUAUUACAUGUAGGACCUGAAACUUGUUCAGUGGUAUCUAAAUUGUUGAAAGAGGAGGAUACCGAGGCUUGGGGUGUUGAACCAUAUGACUUAGAUGAUGUUGAUGCCAACUGCAAGAGCCUAGUGCUCAAAGGCAUUGUGCGGGUGGCUGAUAUCAAAUUUCCUCUGCCAUACAGGGCAAAGUCAUUUUCACUAGUCAUCGUGUCUGAUGCUGUGGAUUACUUGACUCCAAAAUACCUUAACAAAACUCUUCCAGAAAUGGCAAGGGUAUCUGCUGAUGGUGUCAUUAUAUUUACUGGCUAUCCAGGUCAGCACAGAGCUAAAAAUGUGGAACUGUCCAAAUUUGGCCGUCCGGCCAAAUUGCGUAGUCCAUCUUGGUGGAUAAAGUACUUUGUUCAGAAUAACUUAGAAGAUAAUGAAGCUGCUGCAAAGAAGUUUGAGCAGGCUGCAGCAAAGAGGUCUUAUAGGCCAGCUUGUCAAGUUUUCCACAUCAAGUCGCUUCAUUGAGAAUCUCAGUGUCAUAUCUUCUCGCAAUGAGCUUGCUGUAAAAAAACCCAUGAUAGCAAGACUUAGAUGCCCCAAAGGGUAAGUUAUAUUCCGUUGUGACUUCAUUGCCAUGUUUCAUGUAGCACUGUCAAGAUAGUAGAUUUUGUUUCAAAUGUCAUUGGGGAAGUAAGUUCACAAGAAUUUAUCUUCCACCCUUAUGUAUUCUAUUUGUUUUUGGUAUUUUGCUCAUGUCCGGACCUUAUUUAUUUAAUGAUUAUAGAACAAAAGUCAUGAUAGUUGUGUAAAUGUCAAGAUUUAUUCUGUCAUCUUUGUAUUAUCCCCUGAGUUGGGAAUUAGAUUAUCAUUUGGACAGAUGGAAAUUUGUUGUUUUUCAAAUUUAAGGGAGACAAUUUAUUGUUUUGGCGUAA